AUGAACAGGCUGCCUCGGCAGGGCCGCUCUGAUUGGCUGGCUCAGACGCCUCGUUCGCCAUCGACCGGCCAGCCGCUGCUGCUGCGUCUGCUGCUGCUGCCUCCCUUUCACGGCUUUUUGACUCUGCAGCCUUCGGUCAGGCUCGGUCCACUCGGUCCGCUCGGUCCGCUCGGUCCGCUCGGUCCGCUCGGUCAACCGGCCCGUGCGCACGCACGCACGCACGCACGCACGCAGGCACGCAGGCACGCAGGCACGUUCGCGCGCACGCCGCACGACCGCCCGCCCGCCAGCCAGACAGACAGCCAUUGUCACGCCCUCGGCUGGAGCCAGCGUGCUUCACGCAUUUGUACUCAGGUCGUGCGCGUGUGCAGCCACGUGUGUUCACGCGUCUGUCGCAGCCGGGCACGGACACAACGCGACGUGGCUGUGCCCGCCCCACCACGUCUGGCCUGGCGCAUCGAGCCGCCAGCUUCGCAGUUUUGUGAGCAGUUUUGCGUGUGUUCACAUGCCAUGCCAAAGGCGCAGUCAGUAUGGGGAAGAGAGAACGUGUGA